GGACAACACAGGUGUGCCCAUUCUAUCGCUUGUCGCGUGUGCUCAGAGGUGGUGUUUCCCACUCUGAUAAACAAAAAUGGUAAUGCCAUCGAUAGUCAUGAAAUAUUUCACGCUCUUCAUUGUAUUUGCCGCAUCGGCACGUGCCGAUUGCCCUCCUGAUGGCGCUCUUCAAGUCGCUGUGUCCACAAGCAAAACGCGGGUCAGGAGGGGAGGAGUCACGAUGUUCACUCUGACGUUACAGCAAGUCACGGAUUGGGGGAAUGCCACUGCCAUUUACCCUGCGCCCUCUCAUCCGCAUCUCCUCAUCCCGCCAUCCCCACUGUUGCUUUCCUUAAGGAGCAUGGGUAAAAAAAGGCCAUCGGCUUCAGCGCCCGAGCACGCGUUCAGGUUUGACGUGGUGGUAGGCAAGACGCUGGAAGAGGAUCAUCUCGAAUUUGAUCUGGUUAUUCUCGACGGCUUGGACGGCAACAUCUGCUUUGGUCCGGAACAUGUAGAGAUUGACGUCUAUGGACGCAUUCGACCUGAAAGGGAUCAUUAGUUCUAGUCGGUCGACUUGCAUGGGACGCAACUUUGUUCAACACUGAGUCUUCGGGAGGGAAAUAAGAAUGUGAAAAGCCUUAAAGAAAUGAGUUAAUGGGGCAAGAAGAUAGGUGGAGGGCCACCCAAGCGAUAUUUUUUGAUCGGUGUGUAAGGACUUGCCCAUGUGUUGACCGAGUCGCGAAG